ACACCACAAAGGACAGAGAGCGAGCGAAAGCGAGAGAGAGAGAGAUUAUAGGAGACGAUUUGAUCUACUCAAUCACCAGCUCGAUCUGUUCUUUGAAAGAGUUGUGACAUACAUGCCAACAAAUCGUCUCGUGGGAUAAUGGCUAUUGAAGCUUCUACCAAACCAAACAUAGUCAAUGAUUUUGAUGACGAUGAUUAUGAUGGUCCAGUAGUUUUCAAAAGGAGUAACACAGCCGCUAAGCAAAACCAAGUGAAUCCUGAAGGGAAAAGACCAUCAUCAUCCACAGCCAAUGGUCAAAAUGCCAAUGCUCAGAAAGGUAAGACAACAGUUCCAUCUUCCAAGGCAUCUCCUAUGAGAUCUCCUCCACCGAGUCUAAAAGCAUCAUCUUCAUCUGCCAAGGGGUCACCAGUGAAGUCACCUGUGCCUAAUUCAAAGACACCCAGUCCAUUAGAUGAUCGCUUAAAACAAUCACCACGGCCAAAUGCAUCAACUUCGGUCAAGAAGGAAGAUGAUUCAGUUAGUAAUGGCCUGAAAAAUGAUGAUGAGGAUUCUGAAGACGACAAACCCUUGAGUACUAGACUUAAGGAAAAUAACAAUAAUGCCAAUAGAGGGCUUAAUGCUCCUAAAGCAGAUGGAUCACCAAUGUCUAAGGUUAACAUUAAAAGUGCUCCUGAUGAUUCUGAUGAUGAAGUUCCAUUAUCGUCAAGGUUCCCAAAGUCCUCUGCUGGAACAUCGGGUGGAAAGCCUAUUUUUCGUGAUGAAAAGAAACCACUGACUUCAAAACUUCAGCAAAAUGGUUCGACCACAUUGGACAAGCAGCAAAAGUCUUCCUUGGGGUCGAUUAAGAGACCCUUAGAUAAGGUGGGGUCAUCAGCUACAUCAUCAGCUAAAAAGCCAAAGGUUUCGAAUACUUCUACAGAAAUGAAAGUUAAACAGGUAACAGUAAAAGCAGAUGAUGACGACCAUAUUCCAAUAGCCCAGAGAAUGAAGAAAUCAAUAACAUCAGAUAAAAAAGCACCUCCUACAAAGACGACAAAAGUAACGAAAGCUGUUUCUUCUUCGUCAAAGAAAAUUAAUAAGAAGUCCAAGAAAGUAAUAAAAAAUUCAAAAUAUUCAAAAUCAACCAAAAUGCUUCCUAGCUCUGGUGAUGGGCAGAAAAAAUGGACUACUCUGGUUCAUAAUGGUGUCAUUUUUCCACCUCCAUACACGCCUCAUGGGGUUAAGAUGCUCUACAAGGGGAAACCUGUUGAUUUGACUCGUGAACAAGAGGAGGUUGCAACAAUGUAUGCAGUGAUGCUAGAAACAGAUUACAUGCAGAAACCAAAAUUCAAAGAGAACUUUUGGACUGAUUGGCGUAAAUUGUUGGGGAAAAACCAUGUAAUUCAGAAUUUGACGGAUUGUGAUUUUAAGCCAAUAUAUGAUUGGCAUCAGGAGCAGAAGGAGAAAAAGAAACAGAUGAGUUCUGAAGAGAAGAAGGCCUUGAAAGAGGAGAAAAUGAAACAAGAGGAAAAGUAUAUGUGGGCUAUCGUUGAUGGUGUCAAAGAGAAGGUUGGGAAUUUCAGAGUUGAACCACCUGGACUAUUUCGAGGCAGGGGAGAGCAUCCAAAGAUGGGGAAGCUGAAAAAACGCAUCCGUCCAAGUGACAUUACCAUAAAUAUUGGGAAGGACGCCCCGAUUCCCGAAUGUCCUAUCCCCGGUGAAAGGUGGAAGGAAGUAAAGCAUGAUAACACUGUCACAUGGUUAGCUUUCUGGAAUGAUCCAAUUAAUCCAAAGGAAUUCAAGUACGUGUUCCUGGCAGCUAGCAGUGCCUUGAAGGGGCAAAGUGACAAAGAGAAAUAUGAGAAAGCAAGAAAGCUGAAGGAUUACAUAGAGAGCAUUAGAGCAGCAUACACAAAGGGUUUUACUAGCAAAGAUGUUACAAGGAGGCAAAUAGCAGUUGCAACCUAUCUUAUUGAUAAACUAGCUCUUAGGGCGGGUAAUGAGAAGGAUGAUGAUGAAGCUGAUACUGUUGGUUGCUGUACUUUGAAAGUGGGGAAUGUAGAGUGUAUCCCUCCAAAUAAGUUAAAGUUUGACUUCCUUGGUAAGGAUUCAAUUCAAUAUGUAAACACAGUUGAAGUUGAGCUUCCUGUGUACAAGGCAAUUGGGCAGUUUCAAACUGGAAAGAAGCAAAAUGAUGAUCUUUUCGACGAGCUGGAUACAGCUAAACUGAAUGCUCAUCUGAAGGAACUCAUGCCUGGCCUGACAGCAAAAGUUUUCCGUACAUAUAAUGCCUCGAUCACAUUGGAUGAUAUGGUAAGUUUUCAGCUGGAGACUGGAAUUUAUUUGUGACUUCAUUUACUAGAUAUCAAUGGUUUACCUAGUUAAUG